UCUGUGUCGACGCCAUUUGUAGUAUAAAGUUGUGAAUUGUUUUGUGAGUUUAUAUUUCAUAAGAGGUAGAGAAGGGUGAAGGGUGAGUCAUGUCGGUUGGGGGAGACAGCCGAGUAGUGACCAGGAGGUGUCAUGUGCCCGGCUGUGGUGCCACUUCUCCAGGUGUUGUAGUAUAUUCAGUCAGGAGGAGCAAAGAUGAGGACUCGUACCGUCGAUGGCUCGAAGUCUUAGGCAUUGAUGAUGGACGCCCUGCUGUGCAUGCCUGCCAGAGACAUUUUCCAGCGGGCGCACCAACACGAAAUCAUCCCGACCCUAACCCUAACUUAUUUAAUCCUAUACCUAACCAGGCAGCAGCCCAAAAUGAUGGCACAGGCCAAGGCCUGGGUGCCAGUGUAACCCCAAUAUUCAAUACCUCAGCUGAUGGAACACCACUAGGGCCAGAUGGACACCCUCUCCCUCCCCCUGUCCAGCCCCCUCCUGGCUCAGUCACCAAGUUAGCCCCAAAUGCUACCUUGAUUGACCUGAAUAAGAUCAGAAAGGAUCAUGAUGCAGAUAAGCCUUUCAGGAUUGAACAGGUCACAGUCCUCAUUGAUGAGAGUGAUUUUGUCAAGGUAGUUGCAUAUGGACCACGAGACCCCUUGAACACUUCCCCUGUUGAAAGAGUGCCUGGCCGUUUAGGACGACCAAGGAAAGUACAGCCCCCACCACCACCCAUGUGGGAUGACGGGGGGGCAACAGAUGGCUUAGAGGAUGUGGCAACAGAGCCAUCUUACCACCAAUUUGCAGACCCCUCACUUGGGCAAUGCUUAGAGCAGAUGAGGCAGCUGCGAAUUGAUUGUAACACUGCACUUGUGGAUAUGGAUAAAAGACAGAUGGUUUAUGCCCACAGAGCUGUAUUAGUGGCUCGCAGUCCGUACUUCUAUAGACAGAUGUACUUGAGGAGAAAAAAGUUGAAAUAUCUCUACCAGUUCUGUCGUUUUACUCUACCCAUUGCGGUGAAUUUUGAUGUUGUUGAUGCUGUUGUUUCCUUUAUGUAUACAGGGUCCAUGAGUACUUUAUGGGGCAAAGGCACAGCAUCUGUAAGGAAGGUGCUCUCCCUCUUUGAGAUGAAGGAGGCCCUGGAACAGUAUGAUCAGGAAGUAGCAGGAAGAGAGGUUGAGGAGAAGGAGCCCCGUCGGCCAAGAAAGCGCAUCAAACGUGAACCUGGUGAGGAUGACUUGGAGAGCCUUGUGAUGCCACUUCUGUCAGACACAGGAGGACCAGGCGAUGGCGGGCCAGACGAUGGACUGGGAGAAGAGAGGAGGAGAAGGAGGAGGACUGUCACAGACCAUGAGGGUGGAGGAGAUGAUGCACAUGGAAAAAUGAAGGUAUCAGUCCAGAAGAUAGUCGACAGUGCCCUGACACCCUUCCUUGGUAAGAUUGAAGAACUCUUUGACCCUUCUGCAUCAACUCUUCAGAUUGCCAGAACUUCACAACACAUCAUCACUCUCUGGCAUGCAGAUAUCCUCCUCACUAAGCUAUUUGACCAGAAUGACCUCACUAAGUUCUUCUCAGAAGUUAUGAAUAAUGUAUUAGAAAAGAAGAAUCUCAUGCACCAGCAGGGGAGUGCAGACACAGAAGGCAACGGCUUCAGUGUGGAAUUGCUAGUCACACAUACUGGAGACCCUCUAGUAGAUGAAGCAUACAGCAAAGCUUCCAUAGGGGAUUCAGUUGUCCAAGAGGUGGAAACAAUCACAGUAGGUGACAUGCAAAUUAUCAAUUAUCAUCAAUUUGAUCCCCAACAUAUUCCAAAAUAUGUUCACAUGAUAGCUAUGUACCGCUACUGGAUCCGCAUGGGGAAGAGGUCAAUGGGCAGGUCUGAUCCUAGUGGUGGAGGUGGAGGAGGAGCUGGAAGUAAAGACACUUUGAUGCCACCCUUACUGGAGGGUGAUGUUUUACCUGAUGAUUCAUCAGCACCUCAUGACCUAGAUGACCUUGUUAACAGAAUGGCAGUUGGGGGAGAUGACUUGCUAGUAGGCAGUGGAGGAGCUCUAACAAAAGCAUGCUUCCAGCAGGUAAGCAAUGACUUGAAACGCAGGGCUGUAUCAGAUUUAGAACUGUAUGUCAAUCCAUCAUUUCAUGAGGAGUUGAUUAUGCACAUAAUGGUUGAUCAGGUGGAGGACAGAGGAACACUUCCGCUCAGCUUGGCUGUUUUUCUUGCCAAGGGCUGUAAUUUCUGUCGGAAGAAGGAAUGUAAAGGGGAAGAUUUAACUCUGCCAAUUAGUCCUGACAAUCCAGUGUGUCCUGAUCGCCAAUGUAUUAAGCGCAAUCUUAUAUGUGAAAUUUGUAAUAAGCAGAUGUCAAACUCUAAGUCACUAGCAAGACACAAGUAUAGUUUGCAUGAUAUCCAGGUAGGAGACACAGGUGGUCUCUUUAUUUGCAGUCACUGUGGUGAAACAUUUAGUAAAAAAUGGAAACUCAACAUGCAUGAAAGGCAACAUGAAGACAGAAAGCUAGAAGUCAACUGUCAUAUUUGUGGAAAAGUCAUGCGUGGAGCUAUGGCAUUAAAAAAGCACGUCAGUAUGGUUCAUGAGACAAAACCACAGUUCCAGUGUGACUUCUGUAACAAGAGCUUUAAACGGAAAGAGACACUGAAUGUCCAUCGUAGAAUCCACACAGGAGAGAAACCAUUCCCCUGUGCACGCUGCGAUUAUGCAUCAGAAACUAAAGGCAAUCUCAAAGCACACAUGUGGCGUAAGCACAAGAUACAGUUGGGUGGCCCUACAGCUGAACAGCAGCAGCAGCAACAGCAAGCAGCAGAGGAACAAGCAAUGGCUGCUACAUUAGUUGCUCAUGCACAUACACUUGCAGAUGGUUCUUUCAUUAUUGCGCAGGGAGCUCCGCCCCCAGGCACAAUAAUAUCAUUGGAAGUCUGCUUGCAAACUUUUUCAAUUAAGAUCUCCAAACUAGUCUGUGGCAAAUAUCAGUUCAACAUUAUACACUGUAUCAGGGAAAAAGUAUAUGCCAAACAUUUUAGUGUUAGGUUAUCUAGACUGUAGAGGUUACAGUUUUAAUUUUUUUAUAGCCUGAUGUUCAAAACUGCAUAACUUAAGACUGAAUAUAAACAAGAUGUUGCUGACUUUUUUUCCAUAAAAGAUAUCAUAAGACACUUGAGCUUCAAGCAAUAGAUAUACUUCCUUAUCUGAACUUGAGUUUCAAGCAGUAGAUAUUAUUCCUCAGGCUUCCAGCACCAUAGAAUGGUGGAUUUUAAUAGAAGUCUUUCUUUUGCUUACUGUAUUUUUACAGUGAAAUGAAGAGAUUCAAGAACUCUUCUUGGAUAUUUUGUGUACUGUAUUAAAUACUGGUGAACACCCUGGAUAAUGGGUAUAUAUUUGUAGCAGGCUGUUAAAUAGUUGUUAUCUCCUGAUACUGUGCCUUCUCAUAUGUCUGUAAACCAAAGAUAAUUAAACCAGAAAGAAUAAGCAAGACAUUUCAUUGGCAUUUAUUAGAUGAUCAGGUUUAUAUGUAUGUAUUUGUGUGUAUAGGUUUAAGUUGUUAUUUCUGUUGAACAGAUGGUUUGUUUACCUGAUAUAAAUUAGUCAUGAUGUUCUUAUUGUGUAUAUAUCCUGGAUAUUAUCUUUUAUUAAUUCUAAAGUAUUACAUGAAAUAUGACAUCCUCUCUUCACUAGUUUUGUAGAUACCACAUAAAAUUAGAUAAAUGAAUGUUUUCCAUGAGCUGUGAAAAUGAAUGCUAUAAUGGAAAAGAUUCCAGCAGAUCUUUAGAUGUAGAAUGUUGAAAUAUGUGUGAAUGAGAUUAAUUUCUUAAGGCAUGAUCAAUCUCAUUCAUAGUUCUUUUCUAUGUUUACCUCAAGAGAUUCAUAAAAUUGUAAAAGAACAGUAAAUGGUAUAGUAUUU